CUCUAUGCUUAAAGCAAAAUAAUAUUACGCAGUUUGUCCCAAACACAAUUUUGUAAACAUGCCCCUAUUUAGCAGUAAAUUCACGCCAAAAACUAUCCCGGUAAGAAAACAAGAUACAGCUGUUUUGAAAAACGAAUUCGGAAGCGAAUUUGCCUCGAGAGAGUUAUCAAUCGAAGUUCCACCUUUGAAACUGAAACUUGGCGAUUUUGAAGUCACAUUCGACGAAGGGCAAUGGAUCCCAGCUUCAGGAAAAGCCGGCGUAGCGCACAAAGAGAAUAUCCGACUGAAGAAAGAGCUAGAACAGUUGGAGGAAGAGAACAAUAUGUUGAGGCUGAAGUUCGAAAUACUGUUGGACAUGAUGACCGACAAGACUGUAGAAGCGGAACAGGACAUACAGAAGGCACAGAGCAACUCUUUGAAGGUUAAGAAUAAGAAAAAUAAAUUGUAGCAAGGGGUAACUUUAAAGCUGCGACUAAGUUGAAAUGCGGCUUCACAUCAUUUCAUUCGAAUUUUAAAAUGCGGCGCGUUCGACGCGUGCUGAUAAAUGUAAUAUCCAUUUGUUAUCUCUAUCGUUCUUUGUAUUUGUGAAAGAGACACCUAACAUGCUGUUUUCUUAUCUAUAGCUCUUUGUAUUUAUGAAAGUCUGUUUCUUCCUCUUUUCCUGUAACAGGUUUUACUGUUUAUAGUUGCGAAUAGAAAAAUUAAUAACUAAAGUUAGAUUU